AGCACACCUGAGACGCACAGCUGAACUUACCCGCUCAACCGCCCGGAUCUAUCAAGCAUACCCGCCGCUGGCCUUCUGUUCGCACCCGAGUUGUAGCCCGCGCGCGAUCGGUGGUUGAAAACGCGCCCCCUUCAUUCACGCUACCCCCCUAGUCUCUGCCACGGCCGUCUACCGCUCCAGGCAUGUCCGUAGAGGAGAAGCGGCCUAACGGCGGGCCCUCCACGAAGGAAUCACCGUCAGCUCCUCCACCACCGAAUGGCAGCCUCUGGGACAAGCUGCCGCCAUGGGCGUCGAAGAACCUGCGUUCGGGGAAGUCCUGGAAGCUGCUGCUGAGGUGUUGGGUGGCCUCGUGGGUGUGUUUCGUGAUCAUGGUGCCAAACAAGUCGUUGGCGACUUUGGGAAAUACUGCGUUCUUCGCGCUGCUGCUGAGCAUCAUGAUACCGCCGAACAUGCCCGUGCAACUCUUCAUCUUCGCGGUCACGACCUUGGUAUUAGGUAUCGCACUAGGAUGGGCGAUAUCAUGUGCCGGUAUGGCUGCCGCGCUCGCAGUAAGAGAUCAAACACUGGUGAAGGCAACACUUCAGAAAGAGGCCACAAGCGCUGCUGGUCUUGCCAACCCCGACGCGCUGUUCCAGAACGCCAUCUUCAGAGGAGACUUCCUAGACACCAGGUCUACGGUUAUAUAUGGAGUCUUCAUGGGCUUCGGCUGCUUCAUAUUCGCGCUUGUCAGGGCGUACGCUCCGAAGCUCACGAUCAUGAGCGUCUUCGGCACGAUUGCUAUUGACAUAUUCUGCAGCUUCGGUCCGCUCUUCCCGGUCGCACAGUACACCCUCCUCAACUCCAUGUUGACUUCCGUUGCAUGCUAUAUCGCGAUUGCGCUGGUGUUCAUCACCUUCGCAUUCCCGGAGACGCUCAACCAUUCCUACCUGGCGUCUUCGGCGGAGCUCCUCGGCAAGUUCCAAGGGAUUCUGGCCAUGCAGGAAGAGGUGCUACGAACCGACCCGCAUGACAUCGUCACCGGCACUCCCCUUGCCACAAAAACAGCCAUGGCGCGCACUGGGAUGAUCAUGCAGCUCCAGCAACUGAUGGGCCAGAAACAAUUCCUCAACCUCGAGUUCAGCUGGGGCAGGUGGAACGGCGACGAUAUCAAGGACAUGCUUGAGCCGCUGCAGAUUGUUGCGACGCGCCUAGGUGCCCUGAACGGCUUCGCGAAAAUCAUGGGCCACCCCCUCUCGCUCGCGGAUCACAAGCACGAAGAUACCGAAUCCGUAUCGGAGGCUCAGUCAGACGCCAGCGGCACCGCCGUAGACGACACCUUCCUCCUCCGCCAAUUCCGCGAGCGCAACCUAGCCGCCGAGGAGGAGCACGGUGUGCGCCUCAUCGACGUGCUCCCCAACAUCCGCGACGCGACCACCGAACUGCGCGCCGCGGGCGUCGCCACGCUCUCCUCGAUCCAAGCCCUCAUCGUCGCCGUGAACACACACCGCUACAAGCGCGGGAACGCCCUCCAGAGCACGCGGCUCGCCGAGCUCGACACCGCGCUCACCGCGCUCCGCGCCGCGAUCGCGGACUUCAAGGCGGACCGCCGCUUCGUGCUCCUGCAGCCGUACCAGGCCGUGUUCGAGAAGCACGACUCGGGCGCGGUGAACCGGAUCCCGCUGCGGGCGCUCUACCAGUCGUACGUGUUCGCGUCGAAUUUGGCGGUCGUGUGCACGGGGAUCGUGCAGCUCGCGGAGCUGGCGAGCCAGACGGCGGUGAAGCGGACGCGCGCGAGGCUGUGGGCGCCGAAGGGGCUUAGGGCGAUCGUGAAGCUGCUGCGGACGCCGAACGGUCCGGGGGAGGGCGCGGUUGGUGAGGACGUGCAGCCGGAACAGGCGGUCGAGGCCGAGGAGCGCAGGGAUUACAAGCUCGAUCCAGACAGCAGGGCGCCUGAGAACUUCUUGCAGCGGUUUGCGGGGAUUAUACACUCGCUGUUCAGAUGGGCGAAGACUCCCGAGGCAUUGUUCGCAUUCCGUUACGUUGUCAUUACCAUCGCUCUCUGGUUGCCGUCUGUCAUCAGGUCCAGUGCCCACUUCGCCUAUUCGCAGCGGAGCGUAUGGGCAUUGAUCAUGGCACAAACGACCCUGAACAUCUAUGCAUCGGACCAGAUCUUCAACUACGUAAUGCGGUUGGGCGGAACCUUAUUCGGCGCCGUGUGGGGUAUGGCAUGCUGGUAUAUCGGUGCUGGUCAUGGGAAUGGAAACCCUUACGGAAUGGCGGCCAUCGUUGCUGUAUUCCUCCUGCCCCUUGUCUUCUGUCGAAUCUUCGCACCUCCUCAAUACCUUGUCGGCGUCCUUAUGAGCGGGGCAACCUUUGUACUAGUGGUAGGCUACUCUUGGAUUGACGGCAACCUGGCCGGCAUUUUCCAGAACGUUGGUAUAGGCUGGGAAGUGGCUUGGAGGCGAUGGGUGCUCGUCAUGAUCGGAUGUGCGGCCUCUUUCAUCCUCAUGAUGCUGCCGCCCAAGUCCGGGCGCAAGACGGUUCGGCUGCGCAACGCCUCGGUCCUCUCCGGGCUCUCCUACCUCUACUCCCACCUCACCUCGUUGUGGUUGAAUCCCUCCAACGGGGCGUUCUCCGAUGGGAAGCAUCACUGGCCCGCGGAGCUCAGGGCGAAGUUCAUCGCCCUUGCCGAACAGAUCCAGGACCUUCGGGUCAGGACUGCGAUGUCCAAGUGGGAGGGGAACAUACGAGGUGCAUGGCCGGUCGAGGAGUACAACCGGCUGCUGGAGGUGGAGAGCGACAUGCUCUCGAGUCUCGUGCUGAUGGGAGGCGCGCUCGCGAAUCUCGACCCUGAGCUUAGGAAGUCGACGCUGCCGCACACGCACGUCCUCAACCCGCACUUUAUCAGCGACGUCAUGUCGAUGUUCUUCCUCAUCUCGCAGUCCCUCCGGACGGGCGAGCCGCUCCACCAAGCGCAAUACAAAAACCUCGCCGACCGCCUGCACUAUCACGGCGGGCUUGCGGCGACCGGACCAAACGCCAGCACCGCCGCGCGCAAGUCGCAGCUCAAGCAGUCACUCACGAGCUACGAGUACAUGUUCUACGCGACGGCGGUCGUCGCGGUCCUGCAGGUGGUUUCCGCGGUCAACGAGGCGCGGACGAUCGUAGCGCGGCUGUGCGGCGAAGUGCCCCUCGAGGGAUUUGAGCGAUGGAGGGAGGAGUAUGAUCGCGCGCAUACGCUCGUCUGAGGCUCUUGCGAGUAUCAUGAUUUAUUGCAACGAGGGCGAGAACGACUCAUUAUUUACUACCUUAUAGCCACUACAUAUCU